AAGUCCCUCCGACCAAUGGGAGCUGAGGAGCCGAGGAUGCAGCCAAUGAGGCUCCGAUCCGAGCCCGGGGGUGGAGUCACCCGGAGGGGCGGGAACGUCGAGGUCCAUCCAGGCCUGGCAGCGCAGGCUGCAGCGAGCGGAGGAGCCAUGAGCUGGACCUGUCCCCGUUGCCAGCAGCCUGUUUUUUUCGCGGAGAAGGUGAGUUCCCUGGGCAAGAACUGGCAUCCUUUCUGCCUGAAAUGUGAGCGCUGUCACAGCGUCCUGUGCCCUGGAGGACACGCAGAGCACAAAGGGAGGCCAUAUUGUCACAAGCCGUGCUAUGGGGCGCUCUUUGGACCCAAGGGGGUGAGCCUCAGUGGCAUGGGCUCCUACCUCUACAGCCCCCCCACUCUUCCCCCAGUCAGGCCCGCUUCCUUCAGCCCCAGCAGCUUUAGCCCACCCAGGCCCAGGACUGGCCUUCCACGGACCAAGAAAAGCUUCUCCCACAUGAAGACAUUCACUGGGGAGACCUCACCAUGCCCUGGCUGUCAUGAACCUGUAUAUUUUGCUGAGAGGUUGAUGUCUUUAGGCAAAAAUUGGCACCGUCCCUGUCUGAGGUGCCAGCGCUGCCAGAAGACGUUGACACCUGGGAGACAUGCUGAGCAUGACGGCGUCCCCUACUGCCACAUUCCCUGCUACGGCUACCUGUUUGGGCCCAAAGGUGUGAACAUUGGUGACGUAGGCUGCUACAUCUAUGACCCCGUGGAGAUAAACUCCAAAUGAGGUGCUCAUAGAAGAAAGGUCACCUCAUCUUGGGCCACCUGCAUGCCAGCUCUGGUCCCGUGGGAGUCACCGGUUCUUCAGCCCUAAGUGGGCGAGGGAAGGUGGAAUUUGGGCUGCCUGGGUCCGUGCUCCACGUAGGCCCAUGUGGGCUUUCUCUGAUUUCUCACCCCUUCCCAUCCCAUGGGCCUCUCUGGGGCCACUCACUAGGCUAUUUUGAAGGUUUCCGGCUUUCCCAAUCCCUUUCCCCAGCAAACCUUGGGACACCAAGGUAGCCAUAAAAUUGUGUUUAUUCUCAAAUUCUCUGGCUCUCCAAUAAAUGGUUGACUCCCUU